CAGGGCAGUCUUUACUUGUACUUCCGGAAGGAUCCGAGCUGUCCUCGAGCGAAUGAUUCAGCAUCGGCGUCGAGGUCGAAGUGGCUGUGGAUGCACUCUCGCUGCCUGAGAACCAAAAGGCUAUCAUUCGGCAAUUGGUCAGGGACGGACUCAAGAUGACUGUUCCCGAUGUCCUAUCGGUCUGGAAGGUUAUUGAUGAAAGAAAGCAAUACUUUCCCGGCCUGAGAAGUAAUGCUAUAUGGGUCGAGACCGGUAAUACCAAGGCCGGGUACGAGCACAUACUUAGGCACCAGGACGAGUUCAAACUUCUCGGAAUCGGCCCGCACGAACUUGCUGAGGUUGCAGAGGCAGUAACGACAGUUGCGACCCACGUUGGUGCCCAAAAAAAGACAGCGAAAAGGCCAGGGCGACCGGUGUUCCUGGUCAUCUACAAGGAUAAACCAAUAGCCGUCGCUAUAGAUGUUGGAGUAACGGCUUCGUGGUGGGAAUGAACAGACAAACUUUCCGAAACUUCCUCAGCGGAGGCCCUCAUAUUGACGACAUUGGACAGUGGGGGCGCAGUGGAACACCGAUAGCCCCCGGACAAAGCAGUUUCGAGGGAUGGGUCUAUAGGAGGACAGCACUCGGGUUGCAGCAACCUAGGAUCAGCAACUCAUACUGUUCACUAGGUAUCCCUUACUCUUCCUUUCUCUUCCUUACGGAGUUGUGGUGCUUCCUUGCUGCCAAGGGAACGACCAAGGGAGCGCCCUAAGGGAUAGUUCAUCUCGUUCCUCUAUAUAGUCCGCCUUUACGGCAUCUACAAUACAACAG